UCCAUUCUCGAAUUCUACGGAAUAAUUCAUGAACAAAGUAUUUGGAAGUAGAUUUCACACUCCCUACCGCUUUUCGGUUACAAUUCAACACAUCAAAACGUUAAGUUUCAAUAUUCGAAACUUGACUGCAAGUGAAAUAACGUUUAAGAAGUGAGGGGAAUAUUUAUCAGUCCGCAGUGAGUGAAUGUAAAGUACAAACAGUGACCAACUUUGGAGGUAAAUAGAAAAUUCAUGAGAGAGAAAGGCGAUAAAGUAAAUUCCGGAGUCGUUUCUUUUCUUGGAAUAAGUGCCGGAAGUUAAUUUAGAAAAUCAGACGCAACAUGAAUCUUGAAUGUUUACUCGGUGCUGGGGGAUUUGAGAAAGGCUCUGUGUGGUCCCUUUAAGAUGACAGGGCGGUUCUGUGUAGAAUACCAAGCAGCUGCAGAGUGAGUCUGAGCUGAGCUUCCAGACUCAGUGUUACCUCCAGGCUCCCAGUGGAAAGUUCCUGGAGCUCGGGCACAGAGAUGGAGCCUCCAGCAGGAGCAGCAGCUGAUCCGGAGCAGGAUGACCAUCUGAGCCGGGUGAAAGCACUGACAGCAAAGUUAAAGCUGCAGACCCGCAGACCCUCGUUCGCCGAGUGGCAGCAGAAACUGGAGAGCGAGCCGUGGAAAAGUAGCGAGAGCUGGGAGCCCCACUCGGGACCAGCCAGUGCCAGUAAUGUGACCCUGACCCAGGGAUUGCACACGAACAGUGACAUCUCCCUGACCAGCAUCUGUGGCUUCGCCAAUAUAGGAGAAGCUUUAGAUUGGCUGAGGAAGGAGCUGCGAGAGAUGCAGUCAUCAGAUCACCAACUUGCUCGGAAACUCAUUUGUCUCAGGAGAGAGAUUCACAGACUAAAGGUGGAGCAGAUCUGUCAUCAACACAAGGAGAUGUUGGAUGAUGUAACAUACGGACUGGAGGAAUGUGAAGAAGAGUCAGACUUGCUCUUGGAUAUUCCACUAAAAGCUGUUUUUAGUCUCUCCACACCACUCAAACACAUAGGGGUGACUAAAAUGAACAUUAACUCCAGAAGGUUCUCUCUUUCCUGAUCUAACACAGAGCCAAUUAAUCUUUAGACUACUAAUAAACAAAAGAUUGAUCACAAUGUGAAGGGAUUGAGCAUUGCAACACUGCCUGUAAAUUAUUGCUGGUGUCAAUUUUCAACCUAACUUCAAUUAAAAGUCCUGUUACAUGAA